AUGGCAGAUUCUGGCUUCUUGAUGGAGGCGGAUGUGGAGGUUGAGUUAGACUCCAGUUUUUGCAUGGAAGCAAAUUCAGAGCUGAGUCUGGCAGGGGAGGCGAGUGUAGGCUCUGAUCAGUGCCCGGACAUAGAGGCGUUGGACUGGUUUUUGACUACAGGGCACAAGGAUUCUCUGUGUAAUAGUAAGGAGCAAAGAGAGGGAAGCACUGGAGAAGAUGGAGGCAGUCAAACUCCAGAGGAAGGUGAGAUGGAAGCCAGGUCAGAGUCAAAAAACGUUAAAAAUGGAGGGACUGAUGAUCAAACUGAAGAGUUCAAAGAGAAAAACACAGAGGGAGCAGCUGAUGUGCGUCUGUGGCCAGCAGAGGAGAGUAGGGAUCAUGUACGAAUCUCUCUGGAGGAGGUGGAAAGAUACUACAAAUUUUCACGCUGCUGCCACUGGCUGUGUGAUGAAAUCAUGCAGUUGGAAAGCAGUCCUCUCCGCGCUGCUGACAUCACCCCUGACCUCAAGAAACAGUUCGCCUUCCUUUCAGGGGGUCGAGGAGAUAAUGGCAGCCCCAUAAUUGUGUUCCCAGAAUUCCCCGCAUUUGGAGAGAUCACCGACAGAGAGUUUCACAACGUGCUGACCUACCUGACUAGUGUGCCCAGUUUGUCGUCGACAGGCGUGGGUUUCAUCCUGGUCAUUGAUCGCCGGCAAGACAGAUGGGCGGCUGUUAAGGGGACCCUGCUUCGUAUUGCAGGCUCCUUCCCAGGGAACCUCCAGCUGGUUCUGGUUCUGAGGCCCACCACCCUCCUGCAGCGCACACUGUCUGACAUCCUCUUCAAGUUCAACAAGGAUGAGUUUAAGAUGAAGGUGCCGGUGAUCAUGCUGAGCUCUAUAACUGAGCUGCACUCCUACAUCGACCGCACCCAGCUGACCCAGGAACUCGGGGGAAUGCAGGAGUACUGCCAUGAGAAGUGGAUCUCUCACCGCACUGCUAUUGAGGGCUUUGCGCUGAUGGUGAAGAAAACAGCACAGACCCUGCAGUCAUUUGGGACUGAGCUGGCUGAAACUGAACUCCCAAAUGAAAUCCAGGCCACAACCAUCCUGCUCAGCACACACACCAACAAGAAAGACAAAAUGAAGGAGGAUCUGCUGGUGGCUCUGGGUCAGGGCAGCAGGCUGCUGGAAAGCAUUAAUGAGCCUGUAGUGCGAGAUCCCGACCACAACAUGAACCAGGAUGAACUGGAGAACCUAGCUACAGUGCAAAGACUGCUGUCCCAGCUGGAUGAGACAGAAAGGGCUUUCGAUGAGUUCUGGGUGAGGCAUCAGACCAAACUGGAGCAGUGUCUCCAACUGCGCCACUUUGAGCACAACUACAGAGAGGUGAGGGCUCUGCUGGAUCAGGUGUCAGAGAAACUUGCAACCUUCUCUGAGGUUGGGAUCAGCCCAGCCCACGCUGACCAUAUCUUCUCUGAACUCACCACCUACGAGGAGAGAGUCUGUGAGAUGCUGGGUAGAGCCUUGACCUUGUCCCGUGAGGGUGAUGAACUUAUCCAGAACUCGCACUAUGCUGAAGACUCCAUUCAGCCCAAGUGCAGCGAGCUCAGGGCGGUCUGCGAGAACGUGAGUUGCAGCCUGAGGGCCAAGAAGGACCAUCUCCUCAAAGCCAUGGAGCUGCACCACUGUUUGGAGAGGGCUUCUAAAUGGGUUGAUGAUGGUAUAUACCUCCUGGCCUCUCAGCCAGUAGACAAGUGUCAAUCACAUGAGGGGGCUGAGUUAGCCCUGCAGGAGCUGGAGCGUUAUCUGGAUAACGCAGGCCAGAACCAGCUGACAGACCCCAGUACCAUCUGGAGAGAAUAUGAGGCAGUGAUAAACCAGCAGUUCAAGGAACAAGUAGAGAGGAUUUUCCAGAAGCAGGCGUCUAUGCAGGAGAUGUUUGACAAAAGGAGGGUCAGCCUGAAGAAGCUAGCAGCCAAACAAACCAGACCGGUGCAGCCGGUAGCCCCCAGACCUGAGGCCUUCAUCAAAUCCCCCCUCAGCUCACCCGCACACAGAGCACAGCAGGAGAAAAACUGCUCAGAGAUGGACCCUGGGAACAACUGUGAGAAAGGAAACGGCCAACUGCAGAAUGGAGACAGUAACAGCAGACAUGCCUCUCUGUCAGAGGAGGAGGAGAACCUGGCAGUGCUCAGGAGGCACGUUAUGAACGAGCUGCUGGAAACUGAGAGAGCCUACGUAGAGGAGCUGCUCUGUGUAUUGCAGGGAUAUGCCUCUGAGAUGGAUAAUCCAGCAAUCUCUCACCUCAUCCCUGCUCCUUUGCAGAACAAAAAGGAGGUUCUGUUUGGCAACAUGCCCGAAAUUUACCACUUCCACAAGAGGACUUUUCUGCGGGAGCUGGAGCAGUACACCAACUGCCCAGAGUUGGUUGGAAGGUGUUUUCUAGAGAGGAUGACAGACCUGCAGAUCUAUGAGAAGUACUGUCACAACAAGCCUCGCUCUGAAAGCCUCUGGAGGCAGUGCUCAGACUGUGCCUUCUUCCAGGAGUGUCAGAAAAAGCUGGAGCACAAACUGGGUUUAGAUUCCUAUCUGCUGAAGCCUGUUCAAAGGAUUACCAAAUAUCAGCUGCUACUGAAGGAAAUGCUGAAGUACAGUAAGGGCUGUGAGGGGGCCAAUGACCUGCAGGAGGCGCUGACCUCCAUUUUAGGCAUCCUCAAGGCCGUCAAUGACUCCAUGCACCUCAUUGCCAUUACAGGAUAUGAGGGUAAUCUGAGUGAGCUGGGAAAGCUGCUGAUGCAAGGGUCAUUCAGCGUGUGGACAGAGCACAAGAAGGGUCAUGCCAAGGUUAAGGAUCUGGCCCGUUUCAAACCCAUGCAGAGACACCUCUUCCUCCACGAGAAGGCCCUGCUCUUCUGCAAGCGGAGGGAGGAGAACGGGGAGGGCUACGAGAAAGCUCCAUCAUACAGCUUCAAACAGUCUCUGAAUAUGAGUGCUGUGGGCAUUACUGAGAAUGCAAAGGGAGACAACAAGAAGUUUGAAAUCUGGUGCAACUCAAGAGAAGAAGUUUAUAUUGUUCAGGCACCAACGACUGAAGUAAAAACCACUUGGGUAAACGAGAUCAGGAAGGUUCUGACAACCCAGCUGGAAGCGUGCAGAGAAGCCAGCCAGCAGAGGGGACCAGACCAGGUUUUCCAGUUCCCUCCUGUGUCCAGUGGCACAGUAAGUCUCAGUCCAUUCAAGACUGGUCAGAAGAGCUUUAAAAAGGGAGAGGAGAGGAAAGCUGAGCCCUGCAGCCCUGAUGUCAACUCCUCUUCUUCACCAAAGCCCACAGGAAAAGGAUCCCCCACUAGCCCCGAUCACAAGACGAAACGCCAGAGCGACCCUACGCCAUUCGGCUUUAAAGAUGCAGGUCCUCCUCCCCUCCACCUGAGCAGGGCCAGGUGGUUCAGCACCUCUAGUCUCUUACAGACAAAGUUGAGAGGCUGGAACAAGGCUUCCCUGUCACUGGAUGCCUCAGAGGAGCAUGACGGCUAUUCCAGCGCUGAGGAUCCUCUUAACUCUGAUCCAGAGGACGACAGCAGCAAGAAACUGUGUGCUGGAAAAUAUACAGUGAUGUCCGACUAUGAGAAGGGCAGCGCUCAAGAGCUCUCAGUGAAGAGUGGAGACAUGGUGCAACUGGUCAAAGAGGGAGAUGACGGACAGUGGUUUGUACGUAACCUGAGCACCACUAAGGAGGGCUGGAUCGCCGCUGCUAAUCUUAUCACACUCAUUGGAAAGUCCAAGUCUUGCCAGUCUCUCACCAGCUCAGAAGGAAGUGGCUCUGGAAACCUCAGCACAUCGUCCAGCUGCAGCGAGACCUACACGAGCUUCUCUGACAUCAAACCCUGAACUCCCGAGCACUUCCUCCACCACCAAACUGCCCACCUGAAUGCUAGCAUCAUGUGGCUAUCUGUGCUGUAAUGCUACCAUCAGUACUCAUAAGUAUUUUGUCACAUUUCCACAGAGAGCUGUAUUUUUUCAUUAGUCACAUGUACAACAUAUUAUGAGAAUGGCACAUGCUCUAGAUUUGACUGUGGUGCCAUCGUACCGAAUACAGUACAUACGGUAAUUUCAUAGUAGUGUAAAGUGAUCUUCCUCUAGUCACACACUCGUCUGUUUAUUUUCUAUGCAGGAUCCGCACGAUUAUAAUGUAAUAGAUGUAUGAAUGGGCCAGCAGGACUGUUCUCAGUUAAUGCAUCUAUUUGUGUUCGCAUUAAAAAUGGGGAAAGAUUAGUGAUCAAAUGUGGAUGACAGUUGUCUGUGUGUUCAUAUGCACCUACUCACCCAAGAGUUUACAUUUACACUGUUACUGUAAAUAUAAAAGAAGAAGAGAAAUAAAUGCAUACAGCUUGUUUAGCUUGAAUGAAUGUUUUCUGAAACCAAAUCACCCCUAUGUCCUCUGCUUUUCUUUUCCCCUUCACAUUCGUUUAUUUAUUUGUAAGAAACGAAAACGCCCACAUAUAUUCAGUCAAUUUUUAAUUUGCUUCUAAUCUUUUCUCCCUUCUUUGUUUUCACUCUCUUCCUGUCUGUCAUUUAUCUCUCUGUUGUCAGCCUGUCAUUAGAAACCUGUUCUGCCACCAGCUGUCCGGACGGCGUGUAUGAGCUUUCUGUCUUUUUGGGUCUCUGAAGGCCUCGUGGUCUUACUCUCUGUGGGUUUUCAUGUACGCUACAGUUUAAAAAUGUUUCUCAGUGUGAAUAAUGAGAGGUCACUGUAUAGCGCUAACUUAUUCCCCGCGGAGGGAUCAUGUUCUGAAUGUAGAUAUUGUUCAUUAAUAUCUGUCUGUCAUGAAAUGUUUGUUAUCAGAGAUGCUAUAUUGUAAAUUAAGUACGUCAAUGUCACUACUUUGUGACUUGUCUAAUUUUUUUUUUAUAUAUAAACGACUUGUGAUAAUUCAAUCACUG